AUGCAGAUGAGCGCCCCUGAUCUCCUCGGGCCUAUCGAGUCGAAUCGUGAUAUUAAACCUUUACUCGUCGCUUCCCAAGUAUCAGCAAAGCAUAGAGAAGACUCAAGUUCAAGCAGUAAUGAAAGUGAUUCGGAUAAUGAUCAAAACGAAACAGCUGACCACAGUACAUCGGCUCGGCGAAAGGUGCAGAAUGUCAUCUUCGCGAACUAUGUUUCGAGUCGAGCAGCUGAGGUGACGAAAGAUGAAGUGGAAGCCGCUAAAAAGACCGAGCAAGACGAUGAGCUCUCUAUUCGUGCCUUGAUGUCAAAUCAAGAGUCUCGCAAAAUUAUCGAUGACCCUCGGGAUUAUCAGCUCGAAUUGUUUGAAAAAGCGAAGCAGCAAAAUGUGAUCGCUGUUCUCGACACAGGUUCCGGCAAGACUCUGAUUGCUGUCCUUUUGCUCAAAUAUGUCCUUGAUCUAGAGCUUGAGUCUCGUGCGCAAGGUAAAAAGCCUCGCAUCGCCUUUUUUCUGGUUGAUUCUGUGGCUUUAGUCUUUCAGCAAUUCGCGGUGCUCGAAUGUAACCUUGAUCAGCCCAUUGACCGCUAUUGCGGUGAAAUGAAUUGCGACCUUUGGACUCCAGAAAAGUGGCGAGAGAACUUCGAUCAGAACAAGGUCAUUGUCUGCACCGCAGAAAUCCUGUAUCAGUGCCUAAUGCAUUCAUUCAUAUCCAUGGAUGAGAUCAACAUGAUUAUCUUUGACGAGGCCCACCACGCCAAGAAGAAUCAUCCCUACGCUCGGAUUAUGAGAGAUCAUUAUUUUCGCCAGUCAGCUGCAACCCGACCAAAACUCUUCUCAAUGACAGCAUCUCCAUUAGACUCCCUUGAAGAUCCCGUCCGGGCAGCAAAGCAAUUAGAAACGAUCCUAGAUUCCAGAAUACUAACAGCUUCCGAUAUGUCUCUACUUCAAACUGUCACAAAACGACCUGAAGAGCAGUUGUUGGUUUAUGACCGACUGGACUAUCCUUAUGACACCGAUCUUAGUCAGUAUAUGCAAUGCAAAUACUCCCAUGUCGGAGAGUUUCGCAGAAUAUCGGAAAAGGCUCGAGAAAUAAGUUCGGAACUAGGUACAUGGUGUGCAGAUGUGCUCUGGGGCAUGGCGCUUGCAGACGAGGAAGCGCGUAAACUUGAGAAAAGAAUCGAAUAUCAGAUGAACAAGGAGGAUAGACCAAUACAGAUUCUGGACCACCAGAUCCAACAGAUCAGGGAAGCUGAGCAAUACGUUGCAAGCCUGCCCUCUUCGCCACUUACACUGGAAAAGCCUUGCGUGAGUUCAAAAGUCUUGGUGCUAUGCCAAUACCUGAAAUUGAGGUAUGAGAAGCCUACGGACCAUAAGUGUAUUGUGUUCGUGGAGCGAAGAUACAUGGCUAGAGUAUUACUCGAGUUCUUGAAACGAGUGAACAUCGGACACAUCCAUCUCGGCUUGAUCAUGGGAAAGAGGGCUGGAGAGGCUGGUGACAAGAAGUUAAGCGUUAAGCAGCAACUUCUGACGCUGACACGGUUCAGAAAAGGUGAACUCAAUUGUUUGUUUGCCACAUCUGUUGCAGAAGAAGGUCUGGACAUCCCGGACUGCAAUCUCAUCAUCAGGUUUUCGCUCUAUACGACUUUGAUUCAGUAUAUCCAAAGCCGCGGUCGUGCGAGGAGCCUGCACUCUAAGUAUGUGCACAUGAUUGAGAAAGACAAUCGAAGACACCUCCAAUCUAUAAGGAUGGUCCAAGAGGGUGAACAGAAGCUCAAACGAUUCUGCGAAGCCCUGCCCCAAGACCGGUUGCUGCAAGGGGAUGAGGCUGACUUUGAAACCAUUGCACAAGAACACGCCUCUAAAAGAUUUACUGAUCCUGAGUCGGGCGCAGUACUGACGUACCAUUCAAGCCUUACAGUACUAGGUCAUUUUGUCGCAUGUCUGCCCCAUGGCCCCGACAUGAUCUUGCAGGCAACAUACCACGUGUUCGCAGAGAACAAGCGAUUCGUCUGUGAAGUUACACUCCCUGAAAUUUCUCCCUUGCGGUUUUCGAUCGGGUGUGCUGCGGCUCGGAAAUGCGUUGCAAAGCAAGCCGCUGCUUUUGAAGCCUGCUGCCAUCUCCGCAAAAUGGGCCAUAUUGACAGGAACUUACUACCGACCUACCACAAACAACUUCCAAAGAUGAGAAACGCCCAUUUAGCGAUCGACAGUAAGACAAAAGCGGUAUACAAUAUGAAGAUCAAACCGACCGUAUGGGGAGAAGGACGCGGAACGUCUCCUGAAAAUCUUUACAUUACGAUCAUGGAGCUUGAGCAGCCGGAGAAGCUAGGCCGUGCUUGUCAGCCGAUGGCACUUUUGACAAGGAAGCCAAUGCCUCAAUUUCCCUCGUUCUUGCUGCAUCUUCAACCAGCAAAAGCAUCGAACGCAAUCUGUACAUCCAUACCAACGAGUUUUCACGUGAGUGAUUCGGAUCUACAUUCUUUGAAUGAAUUUUCGCUUCGUAUCUACAUGGACAUCUUCAACAAAACCUUCGAAUCGAAUAUACCUCAGAUGUCGUACUGGCUAGCGCCGAUUAGGCCAAAUUGGAAAAUGUUGCAUCACUUGCAAAGUCCAAAGCAGCUGAUCGAGUGGUCCAUCGUAAAAUAUGUUUCUGACACCCCUGAGAUACCAUGGAACAUGGAGACCCCGCACUCUCAGCUGCUUGACAAGUACCUCGUAGAUCGAUGGGAUGGUGGACGCCGAUUCUUUUCGAUUGCUGUUGACCCUAUCUUGAAGCCAGAGUCUCCUGUGCCUGAUGGGGUUGCCCCUCACAAAUCAAUGGACAAUAUUCUCAAUUACACAAUUUCUCUAUUCAAAAAAUCGAGAGAAAGAUCCUCGUGGAGUCCAAAUCAGCCUGUGAUACAGGCUGAGCGCAUAUUGCAUCGCAUCAACUGGCUAGAUGAGUACACUGACAAGGAACGUCACGUAAGAACUAAGAGCUUCGUCUGCCCAGAACCUCUAAAAUUUUCGGCUCUACCGCUCAGUACUGUGACGAUGGGAUAUAUCUUUCCAGCAAUAUUGACCCGUUUAGAGUCAUAUCUCGUUUCACUUGAGGCCUUCUCUUCUCUUGGCUUGGUUGUUCAUCCAAGCCUCGCCCUGGAGGCAAUGACCAAAGAUUCUGAUAACACCGAGGAACACCGGUCAGAACAAAUCCAUGUGCAGCGAGGCAUGGGCAAGAAUUACGAACGACUGGAGUUCAUUGGAGACUGCUUUCUUAAGAUGGCAACGUCAAUAUCCUUGUUCAUAAAGAGUCCAGAUGACAAUGAGUUCGAGUAUCAUGUCAAGCGAAUGCUUAUGAUCUGCAAUCAAAACCUUUUUAGAACCGCGAAGGAGCGCAAAAUCUACGAACACAUUCGAUCGCAGGGUUUCUCAAGGCGAACCUGGUAUCCAGAAGGUAUCAAAUUGCUCGUAGGUAAAGGCCACAACAAGACUACCGCGGAAACACUGAAGCACCAUCUUGGUGACAAAUCCAUUGCCGACGUUUGUGAGGCCAUGAUUGGAGCUUCGCUUCUCUCAUAUCAGGAAACAGGAGAUGUAGACAUGGCGGUCAAGGCAGUCACUAUACUCGUCUCUAGUGACGAUCACAACAUCACGAAAUGGGCCCACUAUUAUGCUUCGUACGAGCCACCAAAGUACCAGUUUGCUCCUGCCACUGCAUCCCAGUGCGAUCUCGUGAAGCAAAUAGAGCACAAGUUGGGCUACCAUUUCGAAUCGCCGCGGCUGCUCAGAUCCGCUUUCAUUCAUCCUUCCUAUUCUUUCGCCAUCGAGAAGAUUCCUUGCUAUCAGCGCUUAGAAUUCCUUGGAGAUUCAUUGCUCGACAUGGCCUGUGUCAACUUUUUAUACUAUCGAUACCCUGACAAGGAUCCUCAAUGGCUGACUGAGCAUAAGAUGGCAAUGGUUUCCAACAAGUUUCAGGCGGCAUUGUCAGUGAAACUUGGCUUUCACAAGCAUCUUCGCUCAAAUGGUACAGUCAUUGAGGCGGCAAAUAGAGAAUACGUGACGGAAACCAUGGACGCAGAGUACGAAGCAAGUGGAGCUCCCGACUAUUGGACCACCACGAAGCAGCCUCCUAAGGCACUUUCUGACGUCGUCGAAUCGUACGUCGGCGCUCUGUUUGUCGAUUCGCAAUUCGAUUUUGGCCAAGUGGAGAAAUUUUUUGAGAAACACAUUCGCCCGUUCUUCGAAGACAUGACAAUCUAUGAUACAUUCGCUAACAACCAUCCCACGACUUACCUCCACAAUCUUCUCUCCCAGAAUUUUAGCUGCCACAACUAUCGGCUCAUGUCUUGCGAGUUACCUUCGUGUAUCCCAGGUGCUCCAUCGAAGACUAUUGCAGUGCUCAUGGUCCAUGAUCAAGUUGUAGCAGAAGGAACAGCAAGCAGUGGGAAGAACGCAAAGGUCAAAGCCAGCGCUCGUGCAACAGAGGAGCUGAAAGGUCUCGUACUUUACGAAUACCAGAACCGAUUUAGAUGUGAUUGCUCCAUGGAAACGAAGGGAGCGGCGUUGGUGACAGCCCAGUAUGCACCUCGAGCUGAAAAUGCUAAUGUGGACUCGGCGAUAUAA